GAGGCAAAGCACAGCUUGCUUCUUUGCCCUCUCCCCGUGAACGAGCAUUGUACUGAACUUCUGUCAUUGUACGUGCACGAGCUAAACUGUUUGCGUAGCGAGAUGUUGAAAAUGGCGGAGUAUAGAGACCAACGCGACAAUUAAAAUAUUAGUUAACCGUGAAUGACAAUUUCAAAACAAACGCAAGUUCUAUUUCGGAAUAACUUCAUUUAAGGAGAGACAUGGAGUAUAGUUGAACACAUCGAAUUGGUUUUGAAACUGGCUUUGAAUUAGCUAGCGUUGCUAAUCUCGCUAGUUUCAAUAGUGUGAUUUUUUAAAAUGUUUUAUUGCAGGUUUGUUUGUCAACAUUAGCUGACGUUUAGCCACCAACCGAAUUUCACCUUACCAGUGCCAAACUACAGCACCAGAUCACAUUAUCCAUAGCGUGUGGAAGAGACUUACGGAGCGUCGGAUCAGAAAAUCAAGGCAACCGAACCAACGUUAGCUGGUUGGCUAGCUCACGGCUUUAGCUGACAAAUAUUUACAUUAAAUUCGCCACCUAAUGCAUAGUAAUUGCGCAUCUAACGUGACAACUCUGAUAGCUAGAUUGCAUUGAAAUCGAAUAAAUACAGAAGAGAAUCACCAAUCAACUUAUAAGGCGCCUGAGAAACAGGUCCAGCUCGCUCGCCCCUCCCCCAGUGGGAUGGUGCUACAUGACGGGGAGGCCAUGGCGCCGUAGCCCCCUUUCCUGGAUCCUGCCAGCCAGAAGCCCGCCAUACCACCACCCCUCUCAGAGCAGAGGACCACCGCCACAGCAGCCCCCACAUGAGUCACCCUCUGGAGCCCUAGAUCAAGUGUGCUGAAGCUCAGAAUGAGUGCUGUAGGGGAAAGGGCCCUGGACCCUGCCACGUCAGAGCCUCGUAAGAGGAAGGGCUCGCUAUGCGACAUCUCAGGCCAGAGUGUGGAGAAGCGGCGGCGGGAGCUGGAGUGUCGUUACAUAGACGAGCUGGCCGAGCUCCUGUCUGCCAACAUGGGCGACAUCGCCAGCCUCAAUGUGCAGCCAGACAAGUGCCACAUCCUCAAGAGCACCGUGGACCAGAUCCAGCAGAUCAAACGCCGCGAGCAGGAGAAAGCGUCUCUAAUAUCACCAGAGGACAAGGUGCAGAGGAGCGACAUUUCGUCCAGUAGUCAGGGCAUGGUGGAGAAAGAGGCUCUGGGGCCGCUGCUGCUCGAGGCCCUGGACGGCUUCUUCUUUGUGGUCAACCGUGAGGGCCGGAUCGUGUUUGUGUCAGAGAAUGUGACGGGUUACCUAGGUUACGCCCAGGAAGAGCUGAUGACCUCCAGCGUGUACAGCAUCCUCCACGUGGGAGACCACAAUGAGUUCAUCCGCAACUUGCUGCCCAAGAGCCUCGUCAACGGGGUGCCGUGGCCCCAGGAGCAGGGCCGGAGGAACAGUCACACGUUUAACUGCCGGAUGCUGAAGAGGCCCCCUGACGAGGUGGACUCAGAGAACCAGGAGGCACGGCAGCAGUACGACAUCAUGCAGUGCUUUACUGUCUCCCAGCCCAAAGCCAUGCAGGACGAGGGAGAUGACCUGCAGACCUGCCUGAUCUGCAUAGCCUGUCGGAUGCCCCGCCCCCAGCAGCUCCCCGCUAUCAGCACUGAGUCCUUCAUCACCAAACAGGAUCCCACAGGGAAAAUCAUCUCCAUAGAGACCAGUGCUCUGCGGGCGACGGGGCGACCAGGCUGGGAGGACCUGGUCAGGAAGUGCAUCUACGCAUUCUUCCAGCCACAGGGGAAAGAUCCCUCCCACGCCAAGAAGCUGCUCCACGAGGUGAUGACCCAUGGCACGGCCAUCAGCCCUCUUUACCAGUUCAACCUGAGCGACGGGACCCCCCUCAGCGCUCAGACCCGCUGCAAGUUCUGCUGCCCCCCCAAAUCCGACGUUCAGCCCUUCAUCAUGGGCAUUCACACUAUUGACAGGGAACACAACACUGCUAGCUCUCAGGAAAACACUAACUCCAGCCUUCUACUGACCCAUGGGAGCCCUGCUCCCUCCCACCCCUCCCGUUCCUCUGCCCUACCCGCGGGCAUCGAGGCCAGCCAAGCCCCAGGCCCUACCUCGAGCCUCCAUCUCAACAACGGAAACAGCUCCGGCACCACCGCCCCCACCACACCCACCAGCCAUUCAGCAGGGUACCUGACGCCCAACCGGUUGUGUCCUCAGCAGGUCAACAGCCCCUCACCCUUGGGCAGUCCCCUCACAGCCAUCCCUACCUCAUUCAUGUCGCCCAGGCCCCCCAGGGGCAGCCCGGGGCUGGGCGGCAGCCCGCGCGUCCCAGGGAACCCCUUCUCCCCUUCCACCCCUGGUCUGCACUCUCCGGCAGGGGCCUUAGGAGGUGGAGGUGGUGGCGGGGGCGGUGGAAUCCUCAGCCGGCACCACUCUGGUGGGGACGGUGGAGCAGGGACCCCCCUGGGUUUCUCUCUGCCCUCCCCUCUACCUCAGAGGAAGGCCAGCACCCCCACCAGCUCCCCAACGCGCCCUCCCCCCGCCAAGCCCCCUGAGGGAAAAGGAGGAGGUGGGGGAGGAGAGUACCUGGGGGGUAACCCCAAACUCAACCAGCUCCUGGACAAUGGCAGAGUGGGGCCGCCUGGGGACCCCAACAACACCGCUCCUAACACCCACCCCAACACACCCACCUCCACCCCUCAGUGCCCGGCCUCCCACAGCACGCUGACGGAGCGCCACAAGAUCCUCCACCGCCUCCUGCAGGACAGCAGCCCAGCCGAGGGCAGCAACGGCAAGGAGUCUGAGAUCAAGAAGGAGCCUCCUGCCAGCCCUGCCACCGCCAACCCCAACGGACCCCCCACCACCCCCCAGGACCACCAGCUGCUGCGCUUCCUCCUGGACACGGAUGAGAAGGACCUGAGAGACCUGCCCCCUCCGGCCGCUCUCAGCCUGCAGACGGUCCGGGUCAAGACUGAGAAGAGGGCCACCGGGGACACUACACCCUGUGCUGCAGCCUGCGCCAGCCCCAAACCCAAACCCAGCCCUGCAGACAGCAGGCCGCCCAGAGACCCGUUCCCCAGUGGACCUGCUGACCUGGACCCUCUCAGCCAGCUGCUGCCCACCCUCAGGGGCCCCGCUGGGGCCAAGCAGGGCAGCGAGGAGAAGGGUGACCCUCAGGCCCUGUCGUCCCAUAGCCACCAGACCCAACCUCAACCUCGGCUCCAGUCACCUCCACAGCCUCGGCUUCAGUCCCCCUCCCAACCUCAACCCCAACUUCAGUCCCCUACUCAGGUCCAGCCUCAGAACCCUCUUCAGUCCCCUCUCCAGUCCCCUACCCAUCUCCAACCCCAGAACCAGCUUCAAUCCCCUACCCUACUCCAGCCCAGCGAGGCCAACGUUCCCAGAGCCAUGAGCGUGAAGAGGGAGCCUCCCGGAACACCAAGCCAAGGGCUCACGGAUGGCUCCUCCAGCCUGCAGAACCAGUCACACUUUGACUUCUGCAGCCCCACCACCCCAAGCCAGGGACAGGGACAAGGGGAGCCCUUCCAGACACCGAAAGACAGCAGCAGCCCCUACACAGAGCCUGGACCCAUGAACUCGUUCAACUCCAACACCGGGUUGUCUAAGAUGGAGACGGACUCUCAGCAGUUCCGGCCCCUGGCCCUGACUGACUCUCUGUCCUUUGAUGGAGGCAUAGGAAACCCCGUGCAAGCCUCUCUGGCCUCCCCUCAGGAGCAGUGUGUCCCGUGCCCACUGGACCAGCUGCUGUGCCCCCCCACCACCCCAGAGGGUCGUAACGAUGAGAAGGCCCUCCUGGACCAGCUGGUGUCCUUCCUGAGUGGGACGGACGAGAGCGAGCUGGCAGAGCUGGACCGAGCUCUGGGCAUCGACAAGCUGGUGCAGGGCGGCUGCUUUGACCCCACCCCUCAACGGUUUCCCUCCCAGCCCCCUGCCGCCACCCCCAUCUCCAUGGAUCCCAAGCUGCCUGGCUACCCCUCUCAGUUCAGCACUGGCUCCCCUGCCCAGUUCCCUCCAGAGAUGGGGCAGGGUAUGGGGGUCUUCGGGGCACCCAGGGGGGCCUUCCCCGGGGGCAUGGGUAGAGCGCCUGGCGUUGCCAACCAGCUCCGACUGCCGCCCAACCAGCUGAGGUUACAGCUGCAACAGAGGCUGCAGGGCCCACAGCAGCUGCAGAACAGGCUGGCUGCCAUGAGCCAGUUCCCAGGGGGAGCUCACGUUGCCAUGGGGAUGCGUCAGGGAGUGCAGCAGCCUCAUAUACCCUCACAGCCUCCUCUAAAUGCCCAGAUGCUGGCCCAGAGGCAGCGGGAGCUCUACAGCUUCCAGCACCGCCAGAGGCAGCUCCUGCAGCAGAAGGUCAUGUUGAUGAGGCAAGGCAUGGGGAACGGGGGGCCUAUUGGGGCCACCAGGGGACAAAAAGGACCGCUGACACAGCAACAACAGUUUAGCUACCCUCCAGGCUACAGCCCAAUGUCAGGAAACCCACCCAGCUCUCCCAGCCUCUUCAAUCCCAUGGGAGGGCCCCUGGACCCCAAGCUGUCGGGCCUGGGCCCCAUGGGCAACCAUUCAGCCAUGAUGAGUGGGAUGCAGGGACAGUUUGGGGGGGUGGUGAACUCGGCGGUCCAGCCUGGGCUCUUCCAGCAGUUUGGAGGACCAGGUAUGGUCCAGCAAGGAGACCCCUCGUUCCCUCUAGAGCUCAGCCCCACCAGCCCCUUGCUGUCCCCUCAGAACUCCACCUCCCAGAGUCCUCUGCUCCAGCAGGCCCAGCCCCCUCCUGGGUACCAGUCACCUGACAUGAAGAAUUGGCAGCAAGCUGGCAUGGGCGGCAGCAGCUUAUUCAGCCAGUCUGGUCAGACGACGCCCCAGGCCUUUGGGCAACAGGGGGUCUACAACAACAUGAGUAUCACCGUGUCAAUGGCAGGAGGCUCAGGGGGUGUGGGCUCACUACCACCCAUGGGACCACCCGUUGGCCUGGGCAACAGUAACCUUGGCAACUCCAUGUGUAACGAUCAGGUACAGCAGGUUCAAGUGUUUGCCGACGUCCAGUGUACGGUGAACCUGGUAGGCAGCGACUCCUACCUAAACCAGCCGGGGUCCAUAGGCCCCCAGAAAGGCCCCCAGGGGCCUCAGAGCAGCCAGUCCCAGCAGAAGAGCCUCCUCCAGCAGCUCCUCACAGAGUGACUCCUCAGCUCAGCUGCCUGCCAGCGGAAAGGUUCUCCAUAGACCACCACAACCUCUUUUCUUUUUCACCUUUGGUUUUAGACAGCUACCUGCUGGACCGGUUAGGAAGGCCCUGGGAGGGAGACUGAGGUCCAGGUUACAGCAUGUCUGUCUACCUGUUUGACAGCCUCAGCCCGAACCGUAAGACCGCAACGAUCGUUCAGCACUCAUUCCUGGUUACCUACUUUCAACUAAAAGUCUGCUUCCUGUUCUGAGAAAGGAAUCAGGUUCCCGUUUUGCCAAGUCGUCGCGGUCGUCAAACGAUGACCUGGUUUCUUAUUGGCCCGUUCCAUCAGGCCGUCGCAGCAGUACGUUUUGGGAGUGCGAGCAGCGUGCAGCUGAGCUCAGCUUUGGGUGGUUAAUCCGUCGUCUCGCCUUUUUGCCUCGCGCGGGGCAGGUGGGGCGAUGUUGUGGGGACAACGUUUUAAGAAUGUUAGGUUUUUAACCUCUGCAAUGGAAAGCUCAGUUUCAGCUGGAUCUGUGACUGACUGGCUCUCUCCACUGCAGUGCCUGAUGGGAGGAAGUUCCCAGCUCUCGUUUUUGUUUUUCUGUUCUCGUCAUCUGCGUCGUCAGGACAACAAGCAUCACGGCCAGGAUGGGAUGGGAGACUGCUCUGCUCUGUUCAGUUGGCAACACUGUCUUUCCUGGGAGGGCAUUUUCAAACUACCUGACUGUCAAACUAACUGUCUGUCCUACACAUUUUUCUCCCCAGCAUCUGUGAAUACGAGCCACAAUGGGUUCUCUUUGGCCUAUCAGUGUUGUUUUUCCAUGUAAAACCUUGCAGCUGGGUAGUAUUGUCCAGCAAAGAUGAGAUGAAUUCACACUAUCUACUUUCCGUUCAAAAGCGUAAUUGAAUUACUCUAAAAAGCAACUGUCAUUUUGAGCUCAAACUAUACAUUGCGAUUCAUUGCAGGUUUUUUCCCCCUUUAAAAAAAAUUGCGGAGUCUAAGAUGUCAGUUAUGUUUUAAGGCGACAUUUGGCAUUAUGAAAAUGUAACACUGCUAAAUGUUGUUGUGGUGGGGAAACUGUCUCUGUAUUCUGUGAUGUGAAAAAAGAAAAUCUUGGUAUAAGAAUUUUUGCGAUUGAUUUAGAAAUGGCUAGCUCUGCUCUUUUGGCAUCCCAUUGAAUGUUUCAAUAUCCUUAAAUUAACCUCAAAACAAACAGGAAUGGAUUAUCAAUAUCACACAAUGACAUGAAUAUGUUGUAGCUAGUAACCGUAGAAUUUCCUCACUAAGAAGUGAUGGAUGUUGAAUGGGGUGUUGUCUUGGAAACACAGCUCUCUCUCUCUCUCUCUCCUCCGACUCUGCCCGUGAUGAUGUCACUCCACUGGCCGCACACUACAGCUCUUUUUGACUGCUCAUGUGACCUACUGUUGCCCAGUCAGACACUGUCUAUCAGCGCUAACCUCUGUUGAUAUUUACUAUACACAUUCAUUCACAUAAAGUCCUGCCAACAAACACAAUGUUUUUAUAGGGGUAAACAAGAACCUAUUAACAAGCAAUAACCAUAAUUGAAGAGACAAAAUAAAUGUUUUGCGACGUUGUAAUGAUAAUGAAAAAUCAAGUCUACUUUGGCUUCUCUGCUCUAUCCCGGGUACCUGUAUUUCUGAUUAACAAGGCUUUCUAAAGGAUAACUGUUAUUAUCCAACUAGAUGUCUCACUGCUGUGUAUAUACAAGGUAUUUCACAAGGUGUGCAACAUUACCCGAGCACAGCUAAUAACCGAGGAGGGUUAGGGAUGAUCAGUUGAAAUAGCAUGCAUGAUCACCAUCCUCCUCCUGAGACCUCAAACUGAACACCAACUCAAACUGUUCUAUGAUGUUCUAGGAUUUGUGAAUCACUUUAUGUACAGUUUCAAUGGCGUCUGUGUGCGUGUGCGUUAUACUGUACCCAAACAGUGGCUCAGGCAUCCUCACCAUACAACUCAAACUCAAAUUCAACCUGGAAAUGGGAUCAUUUCGUGUGAUGUCGAUUACAGUUGACAUGAAAAGCUGGUAACAAUUUCCAAUUUGAAUACUUUUACAGAAAAAAAAACAUUUGUGAAACAAAUAAACCUUGAUUUUACAUACCAAUUGUUCCUGUGUAUUUUAAGACACUUAAAAUGUUGCUUUGCUUUUACCCUAUUGCAUAUAUAAUUAAAUGAGGUUUUUCAGUUUCUUUCUCUUCUGAUAAUGUUACAUUUUUCUUUUGUAUUUGAACGGGCCGUGGGUUAACAGUUCGUAUUUAUCAAGGUUAAAGCCAUUCCUCAGCCACUGUUUGGUUCAUGUAAAUAAACAUACACUUUACAAAACACACGUAAGAAACACAAAUUAAUAACAGAAUGUUUGUGGAAGGAUUUCAUUUGUUUUCAGUAUACGUGUACUAUAUGGGGUACCAGCUAAAGGUUUCACACUCACAGAAGUAUUACAAAGGAUAACGUGUUUUUUUUCUUCAUCUUCUUCACAUUCUCUCCAGCCUUUGCUCCUCGUUGAGGAGCAGGCAUUUCUGUAUGGAUAGUGGUAAUAGAACUGCAUCAAAUGUGGAAGUUAAUCCGAUCUGUUAAUAUCAACUGUUUAGCAUUUGGGAUAUAAUAUGCCAAAUUCAAAGCACCAUUAGACAACGCUCAUUAACAAACAGACAUUAUUUUAAGCAAGACCUGCUCAAUGGCGAAGACAGUCCAUUCAGUACAGGUACAAGGUAAAUAUUUGAACUGGUUCUUCAACAUGUUAACAUGUAUAUAACAGACAAUGUGAAUAUGUAUUUGUUCAGAAUCAACAAAAUGUAGUGCUCCAAGUUUGUGGUAUUAACUACUCGCUUCCAUUUUAUUUUAAAUUGUUUCAUUUUGAUGUAUAUGACUGAGUGUGUGUAUGUAUGUGAUUAAUACUGUAUAUCUGGUGUUUAAGAUGGAAACCGAUUAUGUCCUGAUUUGAUUUCUUCUUCUUUUUAGAUACCUGCAAGUUUUCCUGUGGGUGUUGUUCAGAUUGCUCUUUAUGUGAGAGAAUGGUUUAGCGACUGCUGAAUGUGAUUUUACUGAGAGAGAAGCAGCAUGGAUUGGCUUUUUGUACGGGUUAAUUUAAAAAGGCCAUAUUAUUUAAUUUACCUGUUAUCACAAAGUUUAAACAGAUCUGAGAAAGUGGAACCUUGGAUUCUGAGAAGCAUCGCUUCGGUAGUUAAGUGGGCUUUUGUAGAUUGCCUGAUGUAGUUUUUAGCAUUUUCAGAAGUAAUGACCAAAGCUUCAAGAUGUUUAAUUCAUAUCAUAUGCAAGCCUCAUGCAAUUGGAUGAGACAAAAUGUAGCGUUUGUUAAAUUUUCUAAAAUGAAGUAGUCUCAUACCUAUACGUAGUAGCUCCUCUUUGACCACAUUACUAAUUUGUGGUCGUUUGUGCUUUGCCUGUUUGUCCUUUAUUUCCUUUUCGACACGUUUUGUCCUAAGAUACUGACAAGUGACCUAUCAGCGAUAGUAUUUUUAUGUAACUUGUAUUCUUUGGAAUUUCCCAAAGUAUGAUCAGUUAGAAACUUAUUCUCGCUGUUGCCAUUGACUCCUAGCAAAGAUGUAAAAAGUAUUGUAUGGCCUGACGUGCUGUCAUUGUUUACAGGAAGAGAGAACGUUGCAACAGCUAGCUAUGCACCUUAGCGAAAAGCAUUUAUUUUACACUAAUUUAAGUAUUCAAAGCCACACUAGAAUCUGAAUCAAUUAUUUAAAUCAUGGUAUUUUCAGUCAUUAGUUUCUUGAAGAAAAGGAAAAGAAACAACCUAACUUUUUUUUUUUUUUUUUUACUUAAACUAGUGUUGAUAAUUGUCUGAUCUAUCAACUGAAUCUCAUUAAAAAAUAUUUAGCUGAAUACUUUAUACCAAAUUUGAGGUGCCUCUUGUAUAUAUUUUCUGCAUAGAGGACUGCUCCUCGCUGUUUGAUGAUAAUGUUAAUGAGGAUUUUCUUAUCUUUACCUUUAUAAAACAAGUUUGCUGUAUUUUACAUGACUUUUUUACUAAAUAUCUAAAUAUUCCAGGAAUUUGCAAGAAAUACAAUCUAGUUUUGCACUUUAUAUCAGAAUUAUUAAGAGGAAACAGGCCAUCAUGAAUACUGUUCAAAUCAGAUUACUAUUUCACGAUUAGGAAGAAAAAAAGGAAAUCCCCUGAAUGUAUUAGAAAGUAAAAUAUUGAUUUGACUUUUCUUUAGUAAUCCUAGUCAUUUCUCAGGUUCUUAAAAACAAAGAACUUGGUUGUAUAGCCCAUCAAUAUGAUGACUAAAGAGAAGUGUACUUUCUCUACUACUAAUCUAUGUAGUUUCAGUUCUCUCUGCCACAGAUCCUCAAUCUAAACUAUGCGUAUCUUCUUCAGGUGAUCCACUGCCCCUUCCCUCGGCCAUCAGCUAACUAACUCGCUUACACUCAUACGUCUUGUCUUGCAGCAGCUUCAACUGUUCAAAACAUUCCCCCUCAGCUAUGCUCCCUGCAAUUAUUGUACUCUGCUGUAUAGUGUAGCAUCAGUUCUAUUCUAUAUGUUUCUAGGCUUAGUAUUACCUACCAAGCAGUAACAGCCCUACAUACGUUUACUGCUAUACCUUUUGCAUUUCUUCACCACCUUAUCACAUACUGUCUAAUACAGAAGUAACAUCCUUAGAUAAGAGUACUGCACUCUACCCUACACAGAUAUUACCUCUCAACUGUUAGAUUAUUGGAGCAACUGUUUGCUGAUGAUGUUUGUCAAGUAUUGUAAGUGCUGCCUUAUCGAGACUGAAGUUGGUUGUGGUUGGAGAACUCAAAAGCUUGUAUCUCUCCACUUAUAAGGGCAAUGAUUUCUCAUUGAAACGAGGUUCCACUUUUUCCCCUGUAAAAUUAAUAUAAAUAUAUGUAUAUAUCUAUAUAUCUAUCUAUAUAUCUAUAUAUAUCUAUAUAUAUAUAUAUAUAUAUAUAUAUUUUACACAUUUUGUCCAGUUAUGUUUAUUAUACUUGUAUAAACUUGUUUUUAGAGAGGCAUCGGAGCAGCUGUGUAGGACAAUAUGAAUGAAGUAUCUGGAAGAAUUAUGCAUGUUUUUAUUUCUGUGUCCAGGUGGAAUACCUGGGAUAAAUCCUACCUUUUCUUAGGACAUUGUAGACAAUCAGUCUCAGGCUGGGUCCAGUACCUACAGGGGGUCCCCCCUGUAGGCUGAAAAACAAACAGUUUUUGCAUCUACUGAAAUGUCUUAUUUGUCUGUCUGUUUUUUGGGAGGUAUGUGGCUGCUCAGACUGGGAUUAGUUCAAAGUUUACACACUUCUACACAUACACCUCGUGCGUUCGGUCCCUCUGUUGCUUUUCCAAGGUGAAGAUGCUGACCUUGAAAGGAAAUUAUGCUUUGACUAACAAAUCUAUAACAUCCAUGAAUGUGAGAAUGCAACACAUCGCAAUAAAAGCACCGUGUAAAACA